AAACCCACAAACUCCACUAUCCAGUCAAAUCAGCUGGUCCGGCCGCGAACUGUCGCCUUUGUUUUCAUGACAUGACCCAUUGCACCAAUUAACUCGUCUCCUCGGCUCCCCAUCAAAGUGACACAGGCACAGUACAGUUCCAGCUUUUCAUGUCGUUAUUUGCACGUUCCCAUUGCACCGCCUCCGAGAUAUGGACAGUAUUGAUAAUUUAAUAUUGCACUUGCCACACGAGACGAAACAUUUAUUCAAGAAACUAUGCAUCUCGCGGGAUUAUCGCUAUGACCUGGAAGACAUCGAGGAAUUUCUCGGUCAGCAACUGCUCCUCAACCCUUAUCCGGCCUUGCAGAUCGUGAAAUACCACUCGACGUUGAAGCAAGGCGUGCUGGCAGAUAUUGUUUACAAAUCGUUCAUUAAAUUAGUUGAAGACGAGCGGAUUGAACUCAGUGAAGAGUAUUUCGAUAAGUUUUUGAAUUUCACCGCGAAUUUCCGUGUUGAAGACAGUCGAAUUAGUGAUGUUUGUGAGGCGCUCACGCGACGAAUGUCCAGCCUUCCGUCGGAAAAAAGAUACAAAAUUUACCUUAGUUUCGUGGCCCGCUCGACUCGAAAACUCUUUCACGCAUACAAUACAGUGGCUUCCAAGGAGUCUCCACUAACAUCCAAAGCAGCUAUUCUUUCCCAGACAAUACACAAAAAGGAGCAUUUCAUCGCGAACCUAAUCAAUGGAACAAAAGCGUCCCCCGCAUUGCUGGACAGUGCUUGCGCCCAGCUCAUAACAGUAAUCAAAAUAGUUCGACAGCUUAGCACCCCCAACCAGUCCUGCAAACAGAACUAUCUCAUCUCUGAUACCACACUGGAGAAAAUGCUUCCACCUAACGAUCCCUCGCUACUCCUCCAUGUUCUCUACUAUGAUUUCCAUCGAAUGGAAAAUAUACUCGACAUGCUCAGGAAAUACGUAAGAUACGAGCUUCCGCUAAACGCAGUAUCUUCAACACAAUCUUUCUUGGAACUAAUGCUCAAACACACAAAGUUUACUUCGAUGAACUUCGAAUCAGCACGUAAUUAUGUUGAAAAAAACCAAACCUGCUACAAUAAAAUGCUGAACGUGAACAGUCCAAAUGCCGAGCUGCACGUACUUGUCGCGUACCACGCGCUUUCGAUAAUCUGUGAUAUAUAUUUUAAGACCAAAAAAGACUUGAUCUACAGUAAAACAAUUGAUGAACAUUUGUCGUCCUUCGCGAAAACAAUUCGAUCAAUAGAAAACUGCAAUAUGCUCUCAAAACUUCUGCAGAACGUUUUCCUGUUGCUGUUUCUACGAUGGGAAAGUGUCUCAGAACUAAGGGGCUCCGAGGAACCAAUCGAGGAUCCAGCAUUCGAUGCCUCUAGAGACUCGACCCGUAUUGGAUUUGUAUGCAAUAAGCACAUGUUGGAAAAAAUUCUCAACAUUAUCCGCAGUGCAAUCAACGAACGCCUCUCGAAUCCCGAAAUGGACGAACCAUCGAGUGAAUCCCUCCUCACCCUCAGGCAGGCUAUAGACGAUGCACAUUGGCGAAUGGAUUUCCUGCAGAAAAACAAAUCCGGAUUCCCCGCAGAAAUACCAGCUAGGAUAGCUCCACAUAUCGUACCGUCUCUAUUUGUAUUCCACGAGGAAUUAUUGGAACAACGGACCAGUGACGAUGAACCAAAUGAGGAAUUGAAUGCAGCGAGUACGUUACCACGGAAGAAACCGAAAUUGAGGAGAAGACGGAAUAGUAUGCCACCGAAAGCAACGAGUGAAGGCUAUGGGUUGACCGCGAGUGGAAGUAAGGACUCUGGUAGUGGCAGGAUACCGGAUGAUAGGGGAUUUAUCGCUCGAAUGUUGGCGAGUCCUGCUGAUUUGGCAAAGGCUGCGCUAGGACGAGAAGAUAUUGAACUGGCGAAAACUAUUAUUGAGAAAUUUAAUUUAAAGGAUGCGAGCUUGGAGCGCGAUAUAUCAUUUCUACAAAAUAUGCGCUAUAUAAAAUCACAAUUGCAAAAGGCCAUUGCACGCUACGAAGAACAAGAAACCUUUUUAAAAUCAAAAUCAACCAUUGAACAUAUAAAGAAAGUAGCUGCCAUUGGCUUCGAAACUUCUCGAAUAACGAAUAUUAUCGAGGAAUUCUCUCAUGCCAAUCACAUAGUACCUGCACCUGAAAGCUCAGCCAUAAUUGAGAAAUAUAGCUCAGCAUUUCCAUUUCUUCGCCAGUAUCAAGACGAUAAGCUACAAAUAUGUAUCAUUCUAGAUUUAAUUCUCCAAUUGAAUAUGAAUCACGAGCUCAGUAGCAACCUCUGGAACAUGUCAAAUAGGUUGUAUGCAUCAGAAGAUCUCUUUGAUGAGUUCUGUAGCCAACAAGAAGUAUACCGCGGGGUUGGCGCCUUACACUUCUUCAACAACAUAGUUCAGUGUCAGCAUCUAUUCAAGUCGGUUUGCAAGGAAAAUUUGGGUGUUAAACAAAUGUUAAGGGAAACAUUUUUCACGCUAAGGAGCAAUUGUCUUAAAUCGGAACUCGAAAAGGAGAACGUUUUCAAAAAUUUAUUUAAAAAAUCUGUGACUGAUGUUAACUCAUUUGCGAGUCUGAAGGCUGUGAGCAAAAAUUUCGAAGAAAUAAAGGCCAAAACAAACUAUUUCACACGAUUUUCACGAUAUAUAGCAAACACAACGAAGUUACUGGAAAUCGUGAACACGGAGUACUCUCAAGGAACCAUAUCUCAAAUUCUGAGUACAAACAUGAGACGAAUUAUUGGGGAGAUUCUGUUCGAACAACAUGUGGCACCAGCAGAUAUCGAGGCGCUCGUCUUUGCAAUAAACUUGAAUUUAAUUCACACAAUCGCAUUGAACGUUUGUCCCGUGGUCGAUCAUAAUAUUCGGAAUGCUUCGGAGAAACCAAAAAUGUAUGAAUACAAGGAGGAUCCAAUAUGCGCAUACGUUUCCAAAUAUAACAUUUUACUGUCCUAUAUUCUACAACAGAUAUCUGGUAAUAAUAACGCCAAUCCUCUUAUUGAAUCAACCUACUUCGAGCGUGCAAUGAAACUGCCAGAAAUUAGAGCCUUCGCGAACAUUUAUAACAAUAAUUUAGCCACGGCAGCUCUUCUGUUCGAUCAUUUGGAUGCAGAGCAAUUAGGAAGGCCAGAUUGCCAAAAUGAGAUCAUACCAAUCUUCAAAGUAGCCCAAGAUAAGUUUCACAAAUGCACAGCACUUACUUCUUUGAAGGAUGAAGCAAUUAAGUUACAAGUCCAGAAUGAUAUAAACGAAAUCAAGCUCACAGAGAAUAUUAGCGACUUAAAUGUACGCAUCGACAUCAUACUGAAGAACAUAGUGAAAAUUCAGGACUCUGAUCUAGCUGUCAGUUUGAUAAAGAACAUUUUGCUGGAUGAUUGCAUCAAUGACGUUGAUCUCGACAAAAGAAAUCUUCUGGAGCGUUAUCUUAAAGAUAUUCAUAUUUUUUCAGAAGUUGCAGAAGAUUUUCUCUUCCGCACAUGGAGUGGUGCUUACAUGUUUGGCGAAGGGUCUCCGCAGUUGAUUAUGAAAAAAUUAAUAGAACUGAAAAAAUACGAGCUAUGUUGCGAAUGGUGGGAACUGCAUAAUAACACGAAAAGUCUGUUACUGAAGUCAUUCUAUGAUGUAUUCUUCCAAAGCCUGAAACUAACCCAACAGCAAUUGAAUCCGCACCUGGUCAAGAUUAUUGAGAGUUUUCCCGCUGAAGAUGUUGUGACGUUUUUUGAGAUGUAUAUUGAGAAGUUCAAAAACCUUCCAGUUCUGCAAUAUGCUGUAGACUUCCUAGUUGAACACGGUACGACUGAUGGCAAUAAUGAGGAUGAUGGCACAAAACAAAUUGAUUCGCGUAUAUUGAAAUAUCAAAACUAUAGAGUGUCGGUUGGUAUUUUCAAUUAUAUGACACCUGACGAAUGCGAACAAAACUGGAACCUACUAAGUCGACCGUUACUUAUGAUCGAACAGUUGGUGAUGAAUUCUAGGUUCGAGAUACUCUCAAAAAUACUGACGAGCGUACGGCCUCUGCUAGAGGAGCUAACAAGUUGCAAGUACUGCAGUAACCACUCAGACAUGAUUUAUGAAAUUCCGAUGAACAGUAGUAUAACGCUCGGCAAUCCCAAAAACUCCGCCUUCAUCCUCCUAAACUUCAAUUUAUACCAAAGUGAUCAUGCCAUAACCGCAUCCUGCAUUGAUACACUUCUACAGAUAUACGCUACGAAAGCACUCGAUUAUCGAAUCAACGAAACGCCAUCAUCGAAUGAUCCUGCUUCCUUGUCUACUGAAAUGGCAAGUUUAGACUCCUUGUGUGGAGCGUUUGUUAUGCCAAAAGAGGCUCCAACAAAAGAUAAUUGGAUCAAAGACGAAGACUCGAUGCAAUGUAUGUGCUGUAAACGUGCAAUAUUCACUAUGUUAACACGUCGUCAUCAUUGUCGUCGAUGUGGUCGAGUUGUUUGUCAUUCGUGCUCCACUAAUCGCUUGAAGAUUCAGAAUCUUUAUGAAGAUAUUCCUGUACGAGUCUGUAACGAUUGUUUCAAACAGACACAGGCUAUGGAGGCAAAGUCAACGGAAAGAGCCACUACAAGUAACACGAAUACAGAAGUUGAAAAGAAGAAAAAAUCAAAAGAAAAUGAUUGGCAGCUAAGCGGAAAUCUAACGCAUGAUAAAUUGUUGAGAGAAGAGUUUUCCUAUGAGUAUGCGCCAAGCACGCAUUUAUGCUUGUCGAUUUUGUCAUUUCAUUCGAAUAAUGCUGAAUAUGUGAAUCUGUUGCUGCAUCAUUGUCGGAAAUUCGAGAAGUUAUUGCGGCCGUUACGUCUUGGAUAUCCAAAUCCUGAAAUUGAUUAUGCCCUGGUGGCGAAGAUGUUGAACUCUUUGGCGCUAGCUGCAAAGGUCCGUGGUGGCCCUCCAGAAUGUGACACAAUACGUGUUCAUUCGGAAAUAAUAAUAUCCGUUGUGCAAAAUGGAUGUGAAGCAUUACUUCCCGUUGAACCUCUAAGCCAACUAAGCCUUCGUAAAUUGGGCGAUUCAAUGGUCUUGGCUGAAAAGUGGCAUUUGGCUCUCGACAUCUACCUUAAAUGUGGUCAUUCGACAGCUGGUGUGAUGGCAGCUUAUGGCUUAGCAUGUUUACGUGCUGGCCGAUAUGAAACAGCUCGCGAACAACUUUUCCAUUGCAUGACUCGACACUGCAAGCCACGGGACAUAUCAGACAUUCUGAAAUUUAUAACUACCGAACAUGAAUUAGAUUUGCAUAGUGAAAUUGACAUUCCGACAAUAAAAAGACCGAAUCGUAGUCCACCGCUUUUAGAUGAAAUCAUCAAAGUCAUCGAAUCAACUUCUAAACAAGCACAUGUACCUGAAACAUUGGCUCGAGCCGAUAGCAUACGUAAUUCAAACACUUCAUUAGCAUCAACAAAAUCGAGACCAAAAGACAAAAUCCCUAUUCUAGAGCCUGCGAUGAAUAUCAUUAACACUAUAUCUAAUUUGAAGCAAAUCUCUCAAGGAAAUUACUGUGAUAAAUCUUCUAGAAAAUUAGAUAAUCAAGCCAGUGUGCUGAGGAGAACCCAAGUGUUCGAGGAGUGUCUUUUCUACUUACUUUCAUAUGGGGCGCAUGUGGACAUUGUUAACUUCCUUAUCAAACACGAUCAAACCAUGUGCGCUCUGCGUUAUUUUAUACUGCAAAAUUUAGAAAAUGAGAUAUUCAUAAAAAGUAUUUAUGUAAGACACUUGAAGCGGGGUCGUGUUGAUAACUUAAUCCGGCAAAUGAUAGCUAUUGACCCGCAGCUAUCGAUAUGGAAGGAUGCAAUCAUACAAACUUGUCGAUACUUGGAAACUAAAAAUCUCCUAAACUCUCUAUAUCAUUUGCAAAUUCUCCUUAAUGAUCCCAUACGAGCGAGCAUGACAUGCGUAAAAUUCUAUUCAAUGAAUUGCACCAACUUUCGUGAAUUGCAAAACAAUUCAUUUCACCUGAUAAACGCCCAGAAACAUUUACAAUCGGAAUUGGAGAUGUGCCAAUGGGAAAAUAUCAAUUUGAAUAAGAGGAGACCGAUCAAAGAGCCUUCGUUCCUCAUGCAAAUGGAUGCGAAAACGUUAAAUUGCCACAUAAACACGAUCUUGAGGCAAAUGGAAGUUACAAAAUUUCUUGCCAAAGCUGAACAGGAUGAGAAGAGUAGACGAUCAACAAGACAGAUUUUGAGACAGAUUGGAGUAGAAACAACCACGGUGCCAACUUUAUUCGACUCACUUCAGGAGCGAAUCCAAAUAUGUAUUCUGGUGCUUUUAUGCGGAAACAAUAUUGAGGAAGGGUUUGGGCUUGCCUAUCGAAUUAUCCAAGACUAUAAUCUUCCAUCAGCUAAAAUCUAUGCUACUUCAGCAAAAUACCUCGCCAGCAACAAUCGUCUAAAUGACGUCAAAAGCCUCAUCAGUUGCAUCAAAAGCAACAACGGGACAGAUCAGACUGAAUACGACAAAAUUAUCUCGUUAUGCAUUCACGCAGCUAACAACACCCACUUGCCUGAGGUCCGAUCUGUUCUCGAUGAUUUAAUUAAAAUGAUUUCUGAUGUGAGCACAAAGAUAUCGUGUCACAUUUAUGUAGGACAGUUGAAGUCGGCGUAUUUGCUGGCGGUGCAGCAUGAUCGACUGAAUGACAUUAUGAAGAUUCUGAGCCAAGCUGAAGCUACCAAUCAAAUUCAUAUUGUCCGUUUGUGUGAGAAGAAAUUGAAUAUAAAUCAAAGAUAGAGGUAUACGAAUUGGGGUGAGUAGUUGCUGAUAAACGAAGCAAUAUUUUAUUAUUAUUUUUAAAUUAAGCCAAAAAAACAAAGAAAAUGUGAUAAAAAUUUUAAUGUUGUUAUCUGGAAUUUUAAGCUACUUGUUUUGUUUACUGAAACAUUUAUUGAAUUGGUUUUGUGUAUAAUCAGGUUUAUUGUAUCGUAUUUCGAGGUAAUAAAGUUUAUUGA